AUGAAAUCAAACAAUACUAUUGCGUCCAUUAUAAUUCUCUGCAUUAAUCUUAUUUUUGCUUCAACCCUUGUCUCUUCCACUCCAAAUCCUAAGACACCACCAACUCAUCCCAAAACACCACCUCCUCCAUCAAAACUCCCACCAAGUCAAAUGACACCACCACCCCAUCUCAUGACACCACCACCUAUGGUACCUCCUUCCGUGCAACCUUCUACACCCCCACCAACUAUGACGAUCGCACCACCUUGUCCUACUACACCACCACCUACAACAAAUCCAUCCGCACCCCCUUCAAAUCCUAUGACAACACCUCCCAUAGUCUCUCCUUCCACACCACCGCCAAGUCCUACGGUGUAA